AUGGCCCAACAUGGGAGAAGUGAAGCGAAGAAAGCUCUCAAGGCGGCCGAAUACAAGCAGCAGCAGAACCAGAAGAGUGAAGCGAAGAAAAAUCUCAAGGCGGCUAAGAGUGCGUGGAAGGCUACUGAUCCAACUAAGGCAUCUACCAAGAAGAUAGCUAAGGAUACUGCUAAGAAGACUCCGAAGAAGACCCGGGGCGCCGUGGAGAAGAAGACCCCGAAGAGGACGACUAAGGAUAUGACUGAUCAGGCUGCUGCGGAGGUGUUGGUGAACAUGUCUAAUAUUCAGCAUCAGAAAUAG